UCCAGAGGACCGGAUGUUGUGAGUUGUCGCUUCCUGCCUGUUCGUGUUCGUGUGACCUGCUGUGUCCUCCAACAGUUGCGAUUUGACACCCGGUCAUCUAAGGAUAAGAUCAACGAAACCAUGGUUUUUGAGGAGAAGAUGAUCAUGAACGGAGAGCCAGAGGAUGAGGAGGAGGAGGAAGAAGAGGAAGAGGAAGACAUGGUGGAUCCCCUUGAAACAUUUCGUCAGAAGUGUGAAGAGGCAGAGCACUGUGUGCACACGAAGGAACUCCUGGAGGAGUGUGAAACCAGAGUUGGCUCACGUUCUGCGACACAGGAGGAUUGUACCGAAGAGCUCUUUGACUUCUUGCAUGCUCGGGACCACUGCGUGUCACAUAACUGUUCCAUUCAGUCAAAUAAAGUCCACCUGAUUGUUGCACCACUUGCUGAAGACAUUCUACCAACAUUGUACGGCGAGGAGAACAUGCUUUUAAAUACAUCCAUAUGUGGAUCUGCUGUAUGUUUUUACCUUUAAAUGUAUACUAUGCUAUAUUUGCCCACGUGAAGAAACAAAGUAUUUAACAAUGUAAUCAGAGUCGAUGUUCCAUUAAAAUGAAUGGCUUGAAAAUGUU